GAUACACCGAGGAGGCACUAGUUCAUUACAGGAGUACAAAUAUGUGGCUUUCUCUGAGAGUCUUCAUAUUUCACUGCUAAAUCUGGCUCAGAUCUUCCUUAAACAGAUUUAAUCUCAAAGCACUAACAUUAAAAUGAGCACACAUACUUGUAUAAUCCUCCAAUCACGUGCCAUCCAAAGGUACAAAGACAGGAGUGUGUCUAGGUUCCCUCAGCCCUAUGUUCCCACAUUUUCAAGUUUUUUUUUUUUUCUUUACAAAAUUAGGCUCUAUGUCCCUAAAUGUCCUUUAUCAUCAGUUUGCAUCAGAUUUUAUUCCCCUUUCUCCCAAUCUGGUCAUCAAUUACAACCAACCUAUUCUCCAGCAGCAGUUGACUGCAGAUGUAAUGCAGAUGUAAUGCAGAGGUCAUGGUGCAAAGGAUCCUAGGUUAAAAUGACUCUGAAUCAUCCAUUUAAAUGUAGUAUAAAAUAUAAAUGGUUUCAAUUAGAAAUUAGAACUUAGAAAUAAGAAAAAUCUUGGAAAUAAGGGAACAUAGAGCUGUGGGAACAUAGGGCUGACCCCACAUGGACCAAGUUGCUGUAAUUGUAAACUGUGUCAUCAAAAUGUAAUUCACUGAUUUGUUUUCAACCAAACUUCAGAGUAAAAUGUAAAUGUAUGAGUGAAAGGGACUUGUGUUUGAUUAUCCUGUCCUUAUGUCUGUCUCAUGUCCUGUGUUCCAUGUCCCAGUCCCUUUCCAAUCUCCUCUCUCACAUUAUGUCCUAUUUUCUCUGCCUCUCUGUCUUCUGUCCCAUAUCAUAUAGUCUGUUUUCCAUGUCCUCUGCCCACUUUCUGUCCUCUUCAUAUCAUGUCCUCUAUGUCUCACCUCCUCUGUCUUUUCUCCUCUUGUCCCUGUGUCUCUUGUCCCUCUCCAUGUGUGACCUUGUGCAUGUCCAUGGCCUGACCAUGGCUCUGUGGUUUCUGACUCUCAUGUUUUUUAAGUAGAUUCUGUUGUGCCAGCGGGACACAUUCCAGCUCAGUGAUGUGUUCUGAUGGGAACUUCUGGGGCCGCACUAUGGCCGCCUUCUCCAGCUCCUCAGACGUGAGCAGCACAGAGGACUUUGGGCCCUUCAUGCCUGGCUUCCAGCUCAUCCCAUACAACGACAUCCCUGCCCUGGAGAGGGCGCUGCAGGAUCCACACACCGCUGCCUUCAUGGUGGAGCCCAUCCAGGGUGAUGGGGGGGUGGUGGUGCCUGACCCUGGAUACCUGAUCCAAAUUCGACAGCUCUGCAACAAGCACAAUGUGCUGUGGAUCGCAGACGAGGUGCAGACUGGCAUGGGCAGGACCGGCCGCAGACUGGCUGUAGACCACGAGAACGUCCGCCCAGACAUCCUGAUCCUGGGCAAGUCUCUGUCCGGAGGAGUCUACCCUGUGUCGGCCGUGCUGUGUGAUGACCACAUCAUGUCCACCAUCAGGGUGGGGCAGUACGGCUCCACAUUCGGGGGGAACCCUGUGGCGUGCCGUGUGGCCAUGGCCGCUCUGCAGGUGAUGGAGGAGGAGAAGCUGGCGGAGAACGCAGCCAUCAUGGGCCGAGUAUUGCACAGCGGUCUGAGCAAACUGCCCAAAGACGUGGUCAAGGAAGUCAGAGGGAGAGGCCUCCUACAGGGACUGGUCAUCAGAGAGACCAAAGAUUGGGAUGCUUGGAAGGUGUGUCUGCGUCUCCGUGACAACGGACUGUUGGCCAAAAACACCAGUCACGGCUCGGUGAUCCGCCUGGCCCCACCCCUCAUCAUCAAGGAGCAUGAGAUGCAGGAGUGUGUGGACAUCAUCCAGAGGACCAUCAUGUCCUUCUGAGGCCUCGUCCGCACACAGAGACAUGCACAUAUGCACAUAUUUAAAUGGUCCAAUGGGUCAAAGCAAGGUGUUUUUAUACAAGACUUUAUACAGGAAGACUAAGGUUCAUUCAUCCUGGUAUUUCACAGCUUGCAGAGGGUCCACGCUCUGUGUUUACCCCAUGUGGAGGCCCUCUUGCUGACUUUUUCACUGUUGCACUUUGUCCAUUUUUUGGUGAAUUGUCACUGACUUCAAAAUAGUGGUUGUUGAAUAUACCAAAGAACAAAGGAGUGGAGCUGCUUCUGUUCUGAAUCCACAAGAGAAUGUGAUGAGGGAAGUGUAGUGACACUUACAUGUAAAGGCAUGACAGGUUUUCAUGUUUUUCUAAUUCUGACUUGGUUUGCUGGUGCUAACGAUUUUUAAGAGUUUUACAUCAGUUAAAUGUCCGUUUGUGGAAAAAGAAGGAAUAGACUGUAUAUAGACAUAGUAGAUAACCCAGUAGCCACAGCAUUCCAAAUAUGAAGUUCGACUCUGAUCGAUACUGAUCCUGGCUCCCACGGACUUACAUUGGAAUACUGUCGCCCCUCUCUCUGUAACUGCUGCUGUGAGCCUCAUCAUAUUGGUCUUAAAAUAUUCGUAUUAACCCGCUCUACAUGAUCCUGGUGUUUUUCAUUUAGCUAUUUUGUUUGAGUGGAGCUGGACACUGUCGGUGAUGUCACACUCGCUUAGUCCACUUUAUAUAGACUAUGGAGGGAAGUAGCAGUGAGUUCUAAAACUGAGAUAGAAAUGUAAUCUAUUAUGACAGUAAUUUAGACAAGUUUUGGCCCUUGUUGCCUCAUGAUGGUAACAGUUCUGGAAGUAUUUCUACAUAGAGUGUGUCUCUUAAGCUGCAUGUCCAAUCAGGAAGUCAAAUGAUAACAUCACUAGUUUAGUGAAGUUUAACUGUGAAAUGAGUCAAAGCUGACAUAUGCACUUAAAGGUAUGACAGUGUAUAAUGUUAAGACAUUUAUAUCCCGCUCAGUCAGGGAGGCAGCUGUCCUCCGUCUUUGAGCACAUGCUGUUGUUGAACUUAUGGUAAGCAAACGUCCCUAUUUACCCAGGACAGUCCCAGUUUUGAGCCUGUGUCCCCUAUCCCAGCAGAUUUAAACAAAACCACAGAUUUGUCCCAGUUUUAUACAAGAAACAACCCCGGGGUCCCUAUUUUUGAUAAAUUUGAUCCCUGCCAACAGUAAAAAGAGGCAUACAUUGUCAUUUGUUUAGGUAAAAUACAGUAAAAUGGGUUAGGGUUAGAAAAAAAUGUGACUAUACUGACUCACAUGUUUGUCAUGAAUAAGUCAUGAAUGGUCUCUGCAGAGCAAUUUUCCUUAAUUAUGCACUCGUUUCACAAUUUUAUUAUUACCAACCACCAAAGAAACAGAAUGUCCCAGUUUUUUUUAUUUUGAAAUUCUGGUCACCCUAGCUGAACCUGCUGUAAUUUUCCAUUGCUUAACACACUGCUUGGCCAAAAGGCACAUUGAUAACUGCAGAAUCCAUUAAUGUGGGAGUUUACUUUUAUUUAAACAAUAUAAGGGAAUAUAUUUUAGUACAAAACUUAAUAAUAAGUGCAUGUACAGGAGGUGGCUAACUCAGGGUUACUGCAUGUUUAUGUUAUAACGGGUAGCAAAAUUGUAAUCUUCUUGUAUGAUUUUGUGAAAUAAACAAAAUGUAAGUGC